AUGCCUACAGAAGAAAGACUCAAUGAGAUGCGUGGGUACAAGGCCUCGCUGAGCAACCCAAACGUUUCAGAAGAGGCAAAGCAGAAUGCAAAAGCUAUGCUUGAGGAUCUCGGCGGUGAUCAGCCUCGCAAGGAAUUACAUCAGGCAAGAGGCGAUCAAAACAAAAACCCAACGAGAGUCUCAGCUGGGCUUAAAGCGGCGCAACAAAAUCCUAACGUGACGGAGGCCGGGAAGCAGAGAGCUGCUGAGAAGAUGGAGCAGAGAAGUGCCCCGGAGGAGUAG